CUGCCCGCCGCCGCCUUUCGCAGAGAGCGAAAGCAAAAGCGAAAGAAAAAGCGCCUCUACGGGCAGCGGGCGGCGGAGCCUCGGGGCGGCCCUGCGGGGCGGGGCGCGCCUCUUCCGCCAUCGCGCCGCGCCAGGUGGCUAUUUGCAUUUGGAUUUGGACCAGGCCGCUCAAAAGAGACUGGAAAUAAAACUAUCAUUCUUCAUUCCUCUGAUGUAACAAAAGAAACAAGAUGGGGUUGAGAAUCAUCUCAAAGUCUGAGGGUGGCAUUCAGCCAAAUGCCAAAGGUCAGCAUGAUACCUGUGGAAUGGCUCAAAGGCUUGGACCUUUCAGAUAAUUUGUCAAAGGCACUCUCCGCUGAAGUUUUUAUUUGCAUAAGAUACUUCAUGAAGUUUUUAUUAGCCAAAAUGAAAUGCUGAACAAGCAACAGUACCAAAAAAAGCAAAACAAUUACAAAAAACCCCUACGUUGUGUUGGCUGAUAGCAAUGCUGUCACUACUGUGUCUUUUGAGUUUGGUUGGAAUUAAUUAUUCUCUCAAUGGACAAAGGAAUGUAGCUUUCCCUGAAUCAACAAAUGGGCAGCCUUUUCCUUGGAACCAGCUAAGGCUUCCAGGCUCAACAAUUCCAAUCCGUUAUGACCUUCUCAUUCACCCCAACCUCACUUCAUCAGUAUUCACAGGCACUGUGAAGAUUGAAGUCAUUGUAACACAGGAAACCAGAGCUGUAGUCUUGCACAGUAAACAUUUGGAAAUCACUAAAGCAUUUAUUGAACAGGAAAAUGGAAAGGGACAAGCAGAUAUUAAACAGCUGCAAGUUUUAGAAUAUCCUCCUCACGAACAAGUUGCCUUUCUGACUACUGAACCUCUUCAGGUGGAUAAGAACUAUUUCCUUUCCAUUAACUAUAUUGCCAAUUUUUCAGAUGGCUUCUAUGGGUUCUAUAAAAGUACCUACAAAACUAGGGAUGGUCAAACAAGAUUGCUGGUUUCUACUCAUUUUGAACCAACUUCAGCCCGCAUGGCAUUCCCAUGUUUUGAUGAGCCAUCCUUUAAAGCCAACUAUACAAUAAAGAUUCGGAGAGAAGAGCAGCAUAUUGCAAUAUCUAAUAUGCCAAAGGUAAAGACUUUGAAACUAGGCAACAAUCUGUUUGAAGAUCAUUUUGCAGAGACUGUAAAAAUGAGUACCUAUUUGGUGGCAUUCAUAAUUAGUGAUUUCCAGUCAAUCAGUGGUACAACGUCAUCAGGAAUUGUGGUGUCUGUAUAUGCCAAUCCAGAGAAGUUGACUCAAGCCCACUAUGCACUGGAAGUUGCUGUCAAGAUACUAGAAUUUUAUGAGAAGUAUUUUGGUAUCUCUUACCCACUUCCAAAACAAGAUCUUGUUGCUGUCCCCGACUUUCAGUCUGGAGCUAUGGAAAACUGGGGCCUGACUACCUACAGAGAGACUUCUCUGCUUUAUGAUCCAGAAACAUCUUCGGCUUCUGACAAACUUUGGGUGACCAUGGUGAUAGGACAUGAACUGGCUCAUCAGUGGUUUGGUAAUCUAGUCACCAUGGAAUGGUGGAAUGACAUCUGGCUGAAUGAGGGGUUUGCAAGAUACAUGGAAUUCAUAUCUGUUGAUGCUACAUAUCCUGAGUUGGAAGUGAAUGAUUAUUUGUUAGAUACCUGCUUUGCAGCAAUGGGAAGAGAUGCUAUGAACUCAUCACGCCCAAUAUCUUCAAGAGCAGAAAACCCAAUACAGAUUAAGGAAAUGUUUGAUACUGUUUCUUAUGACAAGGGGGCUUGUAUUCUGCAUAUGCUGAGGAACUUUCUGUCCGAGGAGGUGUUUCGGAAUGGGAUAAUUCAUUACUUGAAAAAACACAGCUAUAAAAAUGCAAAGAACAAGGACCUCUGGGACAGCUUGGCUAAUACUUGUUCUGAAGAGGAUUUUUCUUCUGGUAAAUACUGUUACAGAAAAAGUCAGGCUACUCAACAUGUGUAUGACUCUUACCUCAGUGAACACUUUGAUGUUGCCAAGAUAAUGGAUACCUGGACUGUUCAGAAAGGAAUUCCAUUGAUUAUUGUUGAACAAAAUUGGAAGAGAAUCAAAAUAAGACAAGAACGCUUUUUGAAGGGCAUUUUCCCAGAUGAUCCUCAGUGGUCCUCGAUGCAGACUGGGUUCCUGUGGUAUGUUCCUUUGACAUACAUCACAAGCCGUUCCAAAAAUACUGGAGGACAUUUAAUGAAGAAUCAUACAGUUACCAUAGAAUUGGAGGAAGAUAUCAGCUGGGUGAAAUUCAAUGUGGACAUGAAUGGUUAUUACAUUGUACACUAUGAGGGAAACGGAUGGGACAACAUUAUUAAACUAUUGAAUGAGAAUCACACCCUCUUCAGCUACAAAGACAGAGCAAAUCUGAUCCACAAUGCUUUUCAGUUGGUCAGUGCAGGGAGACUAUCUCUAGACAGAGCCCUGGAUCUAACGCGGUAUCUCCAGCAUGAGACAAGUAACAUAGUACUUCUGAAAGGCCUGGGCUAUCUGGAAGUGAUCUAUCGCAUGAUGGAGAGAAGAAAGAUUUCUGAUGUCACAGAAAGUCUAAAGUGGUACAUUUUGCAGUAUUUUAAACCGGUGAUUGACAAGCAGACUUGGAGUGAUGACGGCUCUGUUUCUGAAAGAAUGCUUCGUUCUGAUCUUCUAGAGCUUGCAUGUGACCUGCAGUAUCUUCCUUGUAUCCAGAUGGCACAUGAGCUUUUCAACAAGUGGAUGGAAAGUGGUGCAAAGAUAAGUAACAUUCCCUCUGACGUCCUUGGAACGAUGUACUCCGUCGGAGCCAAAACAGCUGCUGGCUGGAAUUUUCUUUUGGAUAGAUAUAAAGUGUCCAUAUCUGGUGCUGAACAGAGAAAGAUCUAUUCAGCUCUGGCAAGCAGUAAAGAUGUUAGUAAAUUAACAAGGUUGCUUGAACUUGGAAUGGAAGGAGAUGUAAUCAAGAUUCAAGACUUACCUGCAGUUAUCUAUUCAGUCAGCACAAAUCCAGCUGGACAACUCCUUGCAUGGAACUUUGUAAAGAAAAAUUGGAGCAGGCUACUAGAAAAAUUUCCCCUGGGAUCCUUCUCUAUUAGAACCAUUAUAGUUGGAACGACAUCACAAUUUUCUUCAAAACAAGAACUGGAAGAGGUCAAGUUAUUCUUUCAAUCUGUAAAGGAGGAGGUAUCACAGCUGAGGGCACCUCAAAUUGCUUUGGAGAAUAUAGAGAAAAACAUAAGAUGGUUGGAAAGAAAUGUAGCUGUAUUAAGGAAGUGGAUAUUAGAGAAUGUUAAGUAAAGGUGCUUGAGUGAAAAACAGUGGUAUUUCCAAGCACAGAUUUCCCCUCUUCCUUUAAAGAAUUGCAAUUGCUACUGUACUUUACUCUUGCUAAGCUGUGGUAUUUAGUUAAUUAGAAUUUUUCUAUUUACUGAUCAUUUUACAGUUUUUGGGGAAACCUGUUAAUAGUGCUUCAUUUUAACUUUUUGUAUGCUGCUGCUUAGAUCUUUAAGCCAAUUGAAAAAAAAGUGUGGCUGCAGGCUCAAAAUGAUGUGUUUGUGUAUAUGCAUGUUUUUGAUUUCACAAAAGAAUUGAUACCGUCUUUGACAGUAUCAGGGUAGGUUACAUGUAUAAUAUAGGCCUGAUACUAAAUCAUUGCUGAGCUUCCCAGGCUUUGUGAUCAUGUUUGUUGCAUAUUAUCCUUAUCAGAGAUUUCCUGUUUCUUACUGAGCAAUUUCCCUUACAUUUUUGUCUUUAGUGAUCUGAGAAAGACAGAACAAGUUCUACCAAAGACAAAAUGCUUUAAAAGGUGCAUGAUAGGCACAAUUUCAUUUUUUUAAAGCCUUACAAUAAAUGUGUUUCUAACUCUUAUUUGAGAUUUCUUUAACAAGGAAAUUGCAGCUUCUUGUAAAAAAAAUUAACUAUGAGUUUAGCUUAGAGAUUAAAAUACUCUGUCACUGAUGGUAGCUGAAAAAUUGGAGCAAUAUAUUGCUGUAUGUUAGAGAAUACUGGUGACCGAUAGAACCAAAAUAUAGUAAGAUAGCUAACAUAAAGCAUCACUAUCUCAGGGAAGCCGGUUCAAACAAAUCAAGGGUCGUUUUGGUUGUCCCUUUAGGAUCUAAGCUUUCAUGUGUGACUAGCUCCACCCCUUCACAUUGUCCCGCAGUGUUCAGUGGAUAAUAGAGACUAAGGGGUGGAGGAGGGAAGGUUCCUUUGCACGGUGGCUUUGCUGUUUACUGUCUCUGAGCUGCCUGUAUUGUUGGUGUAUUGCUGAAUUGCUCUCUCAACUGUAUAGGGGAUUUUAAGAAACUUGACAGCUAAAUAACAUGUCUGAUGCUAAAUGAUAUAAAUACCUUCUUGUGACCUGAACUGGAAGAAAUAGUGGCCUGAGAAGAAAUCUGCAGUGACCAUGAGAAAGGUGAAGCCAUCUUGUUUUUCCCAGGAGGCUCAAAUUGCUGAUCUGUGGUGCUCACUCAGUAUGCGGUAAACAGUACAUCAUGUUGCGUGAGGGCCGUUGUAUUGUAUGAAUGUGAAAACAGAAAGGAUCUUUCUACUGUUUUGAGUAAGACCUGUCUUGUGAGUACUGCUUAGGAGAAUUGUAUUUUCAGGUCUGUUAUUUUAAUAAACCUUGACUGUAACACCUAUCAGUCUUAAUAGGAUUUAAGACAAAUCAUCUCUGAGCUUGCUACUGCAAUAAUGAAGAGGGGGAGAGGUGGAGGAAGAUUUGCUGGCAGCUGCAAAGUGCCUUCAUCUUUCAACCUAUUUUGGAAUUGCCCAUAUAGGAGUUGCCUCUGGUAGCAUUGGAUCCUUUGGUUUUAAUUUGGAGUAGAACCCUCCUUUUCACCUUUCCAUUAUCCGGUGGGAUAAUACAAGAGCGGAAAAUUAAUUUCAGAUUCAGAGAACUCUGUUUUUGUGGAGCUAAGGAGUUUAAUACUGGACCUCAUGCUGAGGCAAAAUUCCUGCUGAAGACUGUUAUAGUUCUCAUGACUUCCAUUCUGAUUGAAAAGUGCAUGUCUUAGCUGUCAGUGAAUUACAGUGUCACAUACUAGAAAAAAACAUCAGCACCAUUUCUGUGUCAGAGUAGAAAGAAGAAAUCCUACCUGUGUGAGGAGGAGUUCCAUGUUGUUUGUAUUACAGGAUGCAACAAAUGAAACAUCCUUCUAAGUACUAGUGGGAGAUGUUACUACGUUCUGAGUCGUGUUCCCUAUAACCCUGCCCACCCAAUAAAUAUGUGCAUUGGUCCUUU